AUGCCAUAUGCGGUGCGAUGUACUUACAGUUCGAUCAAUCGCCGCUUGGAUGGCCUCGAGCUCCCGUUUCACUCCGCCCGCGUUGCCUACGAAAACGGCGAUGUCGAGACUUUGGUAGCAAUCAGAGAAGCCAUCAGGGUGGAAUGGGUCAAAUUGCAACCCCGGCUGUCGCGCGAAGCAUCUGCCAUCUCGCAGUCAAUCUACGACGUGCUCAAGACUAGGGAUAUCGCAGAACUGUCCGAGUCAAAUCCACGUGUCGUCGUGCCAGCAGAGACUAAGACGUCAAGUCCCGUUUCUACGAUGGAUGAGCUAAUGGACUGGGACUGGUCGGAAGUUAAAUGCGGGGUCCCCAAGCACGGUGAACCUGGCGUUACCAUUAAGGAGGAUAGUUGGAGGAUCUACAUCUACAAGGGCGAUAAAAUGUGGACGCGUCUGAAGACACCGCAGGCGAAUCAUCUCGCAUCAGAUGAGAGAUGA